AUGAGCGGCCACGCGGCACGUCGUCUUCCGCCUCCACCCCGCCCCCGUAAAGAGCCAGCGGCGAGCCGGCGCGGCCCGCGGCUGCUCGCCCCGGAGUCCCGAGCCCUGCGCGGCCGCCGGCGCCGGAACGGGGCAGCGGCUCCUGCCGGCAAAAAUUCAACCAAACACGUGAUAAUUUUUCCUCCUCCCCUAAUCCUCUACCUUUGCCCCUGCUGUUGUGCUGCAUUCCCACCAGAAGCAGUCAGACCUCCUCCACCACCAUGUAUUCCUACAAAAACUCCUGCGAACAUUGUUGUGGGCAAAACACUGCUGAUACUGUUCCCCAACGCCAUGAAAAGAUACAUCCUAAAACUGGGUGAAAAGAGCAAAAUGAACAAGAACCCAAAGUUCAGCUAUGAAAACUGGGGUCCUACCUUUUUUAGUUUCAAAUAUUUGCUCUUUGUGCUGAAGGUGAAGUGGAAGAGGCUGGAGGAUGAAGCUGCUCCCAACACACCAGUGGUGACUUCAAACGGGGAAGUUUGUCACCUCUUGGAUUUCAUGCGAGAUAACAGACCUUUAAUCCUGAAUUUUGGAAGUUGCACCUGACCUUCAUUUAUGUUCAAAUUUGAUGAGUUCAAGAAGAUCAUCAGAGAUUUCAGUUCCAUAGCAGAUUUCCUUAUCAUCUACAUUGAAGAAGUUCAUGCAGAAGAUGGAUGGACUUUCAAAAACAACAUUGUUAUUAAAGAUCACAGACACCUCGAAGACAGAAAAAUGGCAGCCCAACUACUUCAGCAGAAUAAUCCUUUAUGUCCAGUGGUUUUAGACACUAUGGACAACCUGAGCAGUUCCAAAUAUGCUGCACUGCCUGAACAACUCUAUCUGCUUCAAGGAGGGAAAGUCAUCUACAAGGGAGGAGUGGGGCCUUGGAAUUAUCACCCACAGGAGAUACAUGCUAUCCUGGAAAAAAUGAACUAG